AUGACUUUGGACCCCAGAAAAUAUUUAAUCAUAGAUCUAAUAAACAAAUCAACACCUAUAGACGUUUGGUUACAAGGCACAAUUGAGCAAACUGUCGGCACUGAUAUUUUAAUAAUAUCGGAUACCACGGGCCGUGCAAAAGUAAUGAAAUGCGAUACCGCACACGGUAUUAUUGAUAAAUCUUCAUUAAAAAAAGGAACAUACUGUUGUAUAAUAGGUGUUACUGUAAAAACAAAAGGAGUUCCUGAGAUUCAUGUUAGUAAAUUCAUAGACCUAACUUCACAACCUCAAAUGAAACUGGCUUGGGAAGCAGAAGUGAAAGAAGCAAAUUUAUUUCUAGAAGGAAAAUUAAUACCAACCAUUUGA